UAUAUUUUUUGCAUAAUAAACAUUGAAGUAUGAAUGAUAAAGGAAUACAAGUUGCAAUGAAAUCAAAACGUGGAAAAUCCAGUGCUGAUGGUCAAACAACAACAUUGGACACUCCAAAAGAGGAACGUGCGAGGCAAUGUGGAAUGUCUUUUACAGGGAGCUAUGGUUGCAACUGCAAACACAAGAAGUGGCGAUACGACAACUUGGUAGCAUGAAUGCAGGACAAAGAAAUGUUGGUACACUGGUUAAUGGAUGAAGGGCUAAUGGCAAAAGAACGUUUGUGUCCGAUGUGUGCUGGAGAAAUGAGUUUGACGCGGUGCGAGGAUCGAUCGGAUGGUUUGAAGUGGGAAUGCAGAAAGCAAGUUAACGGUAAAAGACAAGGCAGAGGUAUCGAUUAGGAAAGGAAGCUGGUUCGAGAAGAGCAGGAUGACCUUGGAAGAAAUUUUGAAGUUGACAUAUUGGUGGUGCCAGGAUCUUGAUCAGGCGCAAAUAAAACACGAACCAGGACUUGCUGAAAGCACUGGGAUGGACUGGGACAGCUUCUGUCGCGAAGUUUGCGAAAUCACUCUACUAGAAAAAAGCGAAAAACUCGGUGGAAAAGGAAAACUCGCACAGAUCAAUGAAAGUAAAUUUUGCAAGAGGAAAUACCACCGAGGUCAUCACAUUGGAGGCCAGUGGGUCUUUGGAGGAACCGAGGAAGACAGCAGGAAAUGUUUUCUGGUGGCAGUGGAAGAAUGGAACGAACAAACACUGCCUAUCAUCCAAAAAUGGAUUGAACCUGGAACUAUUAUUGUUUCUGACUGCUGGAAAGUGUACUCCAAACUUGAGACACAUGGUUAUGAACACUGAACAGUUAAUCAGUCAGUAGAAUUUGUCAACAAAGACGGUGACCAUAUCAAUAAAAUCGAAGGUCAUUGGAGGCAU